AAACGAAAAUGACAAGAGCAUUUAAAUAGCAGCUCGGUGAGUGUGAGCGGCAGUGAGCCUGGGACAGACACCGGCUGAUCAUAGAUGGAUGCUUCCUGGAAAGCUUGAUGUGGGUGUAUAUCAUGUCGACUGGAUUUCGGUCCUAAAGAAUUUCAGAAAUCAUCAGUGUUACCAGUUACAUUUCAACAACUACCACAUGCAAGACCAUGGAAAGACUGUUUGGGAGAGUGCUGACUGAUGGUCCUGAUACUGGCCAAAAUGAAAUUGCUGGUGGAGGCAGAAGGAGAAGACAAGGAGGUGCACAAGGAGACAGGGCGAGAGGAGCGGAGGGCAGAGGAAGAGCACAAGGUCGUGAAAGGGAGGAAAUAGAUGGAGGACGAGGAGGAGGAGGAGGAGGAGGGAUGCGUGGGAGAGGCAGAGGAAGAGGAGGAGACCCAGGAAGAGGGGGUGAAAGAGGUGUAGGAAGAGAAGGUCGGGGUGGAGCAGGAGAUGCUUGGGGGAGAGGCAGAGGAGGAAGAGAAGGAGGAGGAGGAGGAGGAGGAAGAGCAGACUUAUGGAGGGGGGGUGAAAGAGAUGUAGGAAGACAGGGGGGAGGAGGAGGCAGACAUAGAGGAGGAGGGAGGGGGAGAGGUGGAAAUAGAGGAGAAGGGGCAGCACAAGAGAUAGGUGGGGUAAGAAGAAAUAGGGAGCAAGGUGCAGCUGAAGGUGAAGAAGAGGGAGGGGGGGUGGCAAGAAUGGGUGUACGGAGAGGAGGACGUAGUGUAGACAGAAGAGGAGGUGAGAGAAGAGAUGGUGUGGGAGACAGGAAUGGAGGGAGAUCAAAGUCUACAGGUGAAGCCAGAGCACCGCGAGGUCCUGGCCUGGGCUUUAAAGCACUGGAAGAACUCUCUGAAAAAGAACCAUCUACAGUGGCCAUCACCCUGUCCACUCACCCUGCCCUACAAGGUAUUCUGAGUGGGACAACAAUGAGGAAGGACCUUGUCGAACUUCUCUGCCUGGUGCUGAGUAAAGCCUUCAGAUCACGGACAGAGAGGAGCACCCUACAGCACCUGGCUGGUAUCAUAAAAGAUUCAGGAUUUUUCCGCAAUGUCCUGCCCUACUAUCUGGUGGGCAUGGAGUCAGAGUACAACCUUGAUCGCAGGGCACAGUACCCACAACACCUGGAGAACAUCCUGGCUAUUCUGUCAGAGGUCCUCAGCACAUUCCCUGGUAGCACAGUCCAGACAGGGAGAUUGCUACUGACACAGCUCCAAGCCUCCAUCAACAGCCUGAAAACAUCAGGAGUGGAAAUCAACCCUCAAAUGGAGGAGAGCCUGGAGAAUCUUCAGGGCCUGAUGAGGCACCUCCAGGAGAGAUCCAGGGAGGGUACCCUGCGCUCAAACAGGGACACGUACGCCCUCCUACCCACUGGAGGUGAUAACCCAGCUGAAGAAGAGCAGCAAGAUUUCAGGACCAUACCCAUUUACCCAACUCCUGAGGAGUUCCACCAUGACUACAGGCCCUUCCUCAGACCAAACCUCAUCACUCAGCGCUACACAAACACCCACCUCUACCUUGACACGCACUUCCGACUGCUAAGAGAGGACUUUGUGCGGCCACUACGUGAAGGCGUCCAGCAAUUGCUUUGGAACCAAAUGGACAUGGGAAGGACUGAUAAUCCACUGAAGAAGAAGCGCUUCGAUGAUAUCAGAAUAUAUUUUGACACACAACUGGUGGCGCCCAAAUGCACUCACACUGGACUUGCCUACCUAGUCCAGUUUGACAUUCAGCCACUUAAGUUUGUGCGCUGGCAGAACUCCAAGAGGCUGAUCUACGGUUCCCUGGUCUGCCUGUCUUGUGACAAUUUUGAGAGCUUCUUAUUUGCCACAGUGUCAGAUCGAGAUCCCAAAUACCUGCAGAAAGGACAGGUCCAGAUUACCUUUACUGAAGAAAGCAGAUUCAAGUUGGCCAGAAUUGAGAAAAAUCAAUUGUUCCUGAUGAUUGAGACCACUGCAUACUUUGAGGCCUAUCGCUAUGUCCUAGAUGGUCUACAGGAGCAGCAGGAGGACGAGCUUCCCUUUCAGAGGUACAUCGUGGAGUGCAACACAGAUGUGCAUCCCCCAGCUUACCUGCAAAGAAGAGAUACAUAUGACCUGUCAUCUGUCGCUGAUCCUGACUAUAAGGACAGUGUACAGCCCUUUCACAGCCUGCGGGAAGAGGCCUGGCCGAGAAUGGAGGAACUGGGGCUGGACGAGUCUCAGAUGAAAGCCUUCCAGCUGGCCCUCACAAAGGAACUGGCCAUCAUACAGGGACCUCCUGGCACAGGAAAAACCUAUGUUGGGCUUAAGAUUGCUGAGGCUCUGUUGACCAAUCAGGAUCUUUGGAAAGACAGAUUUGGUAAAGGUCCAAUGCUGGUAGUUUGCUACACUAACCAUGCCCUGGAUCAGUUCCUUGAGGGUAUUCAUAAAUUUCUGCAAAAGGGCAUCGUGAGGGUAGGAGGCCGCAGCAGCAGUGAGAUCCUUAAACCUUUUAAUCUAAGGGAGCUGACCCACUCACCUGGCUUCAAACGUUCGCUGCCGUCACACCUGCGUGUUGCAUAUAAUGAGAUCUACAAGCAGCUGUGUCAGGAGGAGAGGGAGAUCCAGAAUCACAGUACGCGGCUGGAGUGUUCUCUGAAAGGCAUUCUGCGCGAAUGUUUCUUACAGAAGUACAUUUCAUACAGACACUGGGACAGUCUGCAAGAACUACCUACACAGGAUGAAUUUGAGGUUUGGGGUGAAAGGAAGAAGACCAGCCUGAUAAUGGAGUGGUUGGGUUUGGGUUCCACCACCUUCCUGCAGAGGGAGACAGAGAAUGCAAAUGGAAAUGAAGAAGCAGCAGAGGAGGCGAUGGAGCUGGAAGAAGACGACCUCAUUGAAAUCGCAGAGGAAGCAGAUCUGAUCCAGGCAGAGCGGAUUAUUGAAGACAACACUGAUCCCAGAGGUGGUAGAGAUGGCAGAAAGAAGGGAGACAUGGAGGAGGCUGUCAGAGAAGUAGAAUACCUGAUGCUGGCUAUGAACUUGGAUAAAGCUGAAACAUGGGCUAAACAGAGCGAGGAGGAAUUUCAGAUGCAACGGGCCCAGAAGAAAAAGAUGAAGAACAAAAUCAGGAAAGAGCUGGCGAAGAGUUCAACUAUGACUGAAACAGAGGAAGAUAAUGUCUUGGAUAUUUGGACCCUUAGCCUGCCAGACAGAUGGAAACUCUAUCGGUUGUGGGUUGCUCGCUACAGGACAGAACUUCGUGCCAAAGUCCUGGAGUUUGAACAGGCCUAUCAGAAUGCAGCGGACAGGUUGGCUGAUGUAAAACGUCACGAGAGCCUCUUUCUCCUCAAGGAAGCAACGGUUAUUGGCAUGACAACAACAGGCGCAGCCAAGUUCCGUAAGGUUCUGCAGGACGUGCGUCCAUGUCUGGUGAUUGUAGAAGAGGCUGCUGAGGUUCUUGAGGCCCACACGAUCACCACACUGAGCCAAGCAUGCCAACACCUCAUCCUUAUCGGAGACCACCAGCAGCUGCGCCCCAGCGCCACUGUGUACGAACUUGCUAAGAACUUCCACCUGGAGAUGUCCAUGUUCGAGAGGCUGGUUAAAUUGGGACUUCCGUUUGUCAGACUCAACUACCAGCAUCGUAUGAGGCCAGACAUUGCCCGUCUUCUUACCCCGCACAUUUACUCAGAGCUGGAAAAUCAUCCUUCUGUGCUGGACUAUGACAACAUCAAGGGCCUCAAUACCAACUUAUUCUUUGUGGAGCACAACUACCCAGAAGAAGAGAUCAAAGACGGAAGAAGCCAUCAGAACCAACAUGAGGCAAAGUUUGUAGUUGCCCUUUGCCGCUAUCUUCUCUUUCAGGACUACAAACCAGAGCAAAUUACCAUCCUCACAACCUACACAGGCCAGCUCCACUGUCUGCGCAAACUCAUGCCUGCCAACCAAUUCACAGGGGUCAAAGUGCACGUUGUAGACAAGUACCAGGGAGAAGAGAACGACAUUGUCUUGUUGUCUCUGGUCCGCAGCAACCGACAGGGUAAAGUUGGCUUUUUGAACAUUCCCAACCGUGUCUGUGUAGCCUUGUCUCGUGCCAAGAAAGGGCUUUACUGUAUUGGCGACAGUAAAAUGCUGGGACAAGUCAAACUGUGGAGCAACAUCUUCUACACCUUGAGAGAGAAGAACCAGGUUGGAAAUGCUCUGACCCUCUGCUGUCAGAAUCAUCCAGGUCGACAGAUAAGCGCUUCACAUGCUGACGAUUUUCAACAAGCCCCCGAGGGGGGCUGCACCCAGCCUUGUGACUUCCGUUUGGAUUGUGGACAUGUUUGCUCAAGUGUCUGCCACCCCUAUGACCCUGAGCACAAGAAGUACAAGUGUGCCAAGAAGUGCCAGAAGAUUUUAUGCAAUGAAGGACACAGGUGCACAUUUGUAUGCCACAGACCAUGCCCAGAGAAAUGUCCAGUGAUGGUUGAGAAGAUCAUACCCAAGUGUCAACACAAACAGAUGGUUCCUUGCCACCAGGACCCAGAGACAUUUAUAUGUCAGGAGCCUUGCCAGAAGAUGCUUUACUGUGGACAUCCAUGUGAUUCAUUGUGUGGGGAACCAUGCACCAUUAAUUGCAAGGUGAAGGUCAACUUAAAACUGAAGUGUGGCCACAUCCAGCAAGAUGCUUGCUUUUACAGACUACAGACAGAGGAUCCUGAAUGUAAGACCCCUUGUAAUCAUCAGCUAAAAUGUGGCCAUGCAUGUCGCGGUACCUGUAGCAAGUGUUAUCGAGGACGGUUCCAUUUCCCAUGUUUUCACCAGUGUGAGCGUCUCUUGAUUUGCUCCCACAAGUGCAGGGAGCCUUGCACUCGUGAUUGCCCUCCCUGUAGGAGACCAUGUGAGAACCACUGUGUUCACAGCAAGUGUACAAAGCCAUGUGGACAGCCCUGUGCUCCAUGCAUUGAGCCCUGUGCCUGGCAGUGCCCUCACCAAAGCUGCAGUAAACUUUGCUCCGAGCCAUGUGAUCGUCCACCAUGCACUGAGCCCUGUGCCAAGACCCUGGAUUGCGGCCACCCAUGCAUAGGUCUCUGCGGAGACAAAUGUCCAGACAAAUGUCGCAUCUGUAAUCACGAUGAGGUCACAGACAUUUUCUUCGGCACUGAGGAUGAACCUGAGGCUUACUUCAUUCAGCUACAGGACUGUGGACACAUCCUUGAACACGCAGGCAUGGACACAUGGAUGGAUGACAACCAACAGGCAAAUGAAGGAGAGCAGGUGGCCAUAAAACUGAAGGAGUGUCCGAAGUGUCGAACUCCUAUCCGCAAAAAUCUGCGUUAUGGAUCUCACAUCAACAGCAGGUUGGCUGAAAUAGAGAUGGUAAAGGUGAAGAUAAAUGGUCAACAGACAGAUAUCGAAAAACACAGGAAGUCCCUUCAGAAUCAGUGGAAGGAGAACCUUCUCACCAAUAAAAUGAGUCAGCAAAAAGAAUACAUGGAUAUCAAGGACCGACUGGGAAAAUCUUAUCUCACAGCAAAUGAUCUAUGGGUUGUGGAAAACAAGAUGGAUUUCCUCAUAAGGGUUGCAAAGCUAAAACAGUUCCAAAAGGAAAACAUGUUACUCAGGCAAACCUCCAAAUUAGAAAAGUAUAUUGAAGAGUUUUUGCACUGGCUCAACAACAGCCACCAAAAAUUCACAGAGCAGCAAGUCUUUGAUUUACAGAGAGAGCUACAGAGACUCACUCUCCUGACUGAACUCAACGCCCGUUGUGAUAAGGCAAACAAGAGAGGACAAAGUGCCAAAAUUGGGUCUGAGGCACAAACAAUGAGAAAGGUUUUGGAAAAGUCUGGCCAAUUCACUGAACAAGAUGAACACAUCGUGAAAGAAGCCAUGGAGGAACUAGACAAAAAGCUUCCACUCACAGGCUUGGGGAUCAGUGAUGAAGAGAGAAAGAUGAUCGUCUCGGCAAUGAAAAUGCCACCUGGACACUGGUACAAAUGUCCUAAUGGUCAUGUGUAUCUUAUAACAGAGUGUGGAGGUGCUAAUGAGAGUCGAACCUGCCCUAAUUGUGAUGCUACUAUUGGUGGAGCCAAUCACACACUGGCAAGUGGCAACCAAGUCGCCACUGAGAUGGAUGGGUCACAGCACCCUGCUUGGUCUGAAGCCAACAACCUUCUAAACUUUGGUCAACAUAUUUGAAAGCCAUCUGGAGAGAAGUUUGUUGUUACUGCCUCACUUUCAGAGCAGUAUCAGGUUAUGGUUUUACUGAAAUGACCCCACAAUUCAUCCUGGACUGGGAGGGAUCUCUACAAAAGUUACUUUACUCACUUGAGAUAUGGAUGUGUGACCAUAUAUAUAUUUCUUUUGCAUUAAAUUGACAUUUGAACCCUUUUAUUACACUUACACACUUUAGUCAUUUUUAUGAGUGUUUUAAUCAACAUCCCACUGUAUUGAUUUUUUUCUUUUUUGCUUGUUUAUACAUAUGGGAAGUGGUUUAAAAAAAUGCUUUUGCAUACAUAAAUUAUGUAUCAAGGACGUGAUUCAUGAGUUUUCAGCGUCAAACAACUGAAUAAUUUAAAUCUUUCACAUGUUCAAGAGACAAGAGACUGUAACAGUUGUCCUAUGUUGUACUAUUGCUAAACAAUAGGUGGCAGUAAAACACUGUAAAAGAAAAUACAGAUAAAUGAUUUGAUAGAUAUGCUUGCAGCUUGCUCAAAUCGAAUAAAAUGUACCUGUCUAUAUAAGCACAUUCUUGUCUUAAUUUUACACUCACACACCAUUAAAAAAAAAUACCAUCA